AUGGAUUAUAAUACUGAAUCUUCGUUUCGUUCACUGAGCCCUUCUAGAUCUCAAAAUGAAUCUCAAUCUUACGGUAAUUGUUCAGAAUGUAAACAAAAACGAACUGCAGUAGCAUGGUGUAAAAAUUGCGAUAUAGCGAUUUUGAAAGAAAAUUUUUGUAGCUGGACCAGCGGAAAUUCUAUAAUUGAUAAAUUUAUAAGGGAUACUCAAUUAAGUGCUAAUGAAAAUAUAGACCACCUCGAAUGGAUUGAAUUUGAUCAAUUUGAUUUAGUUGAGAAUAUUAAUAAGCGAGGUGCCUUUAGUUCAAUUUAUUCGGCAGUUUUGAUGGAAGGUCCAAGAUGGAAUUUAGAUGAAGAAGCCGAAGUAUGGAAUCGUAAUGGCCCAAUUAAGGUUUUAUUGAAACGUUUGGAUAAUUCUCAAAAUAUGAGUCAAGAAUUUAUAAAUCAAUUAUUCAAAUACCACAAAUGUUUACAAAAUGGAGCACUUGCGGAUUGUUUUGGUAUAACAAAAGAUCCAACUUCGUGUUAUAUGUUCGUUAUAAGAUAUUACAAAAAUGGAAAUUUAUAUUCGUAUCUCGAUGAAACUAUGGGAAUUCUCUGCUGGAGAGAUAUUGUAGAUAUGUUGUGGUCAAUCUCUGCGGGCCUCCAUGUUAUUCAUGAGCAUAAUCUCGUUCAUGGACAUUUACAUGGAGGAAAUGUAUUAGUUGAAAACGAAAUGGACUCAAUUGAUACUAAAAUCACGGAUACUGGAUUACACGGACCUUUUGAUAAACAAAUGCCAUCACAACACGUGUAUGGCGUGAUACCUUUUGUUGCACCAGAGGUCUUUAAUGGAAAUACACCGACCAAAGAAUCUGAUAUCUAUAGCCUUGGUAUGAUCAUGUGGAUGUUAUCAGCUGGUGUACGUCCUUAUCACGAUAAACCUCAUGAUUCACAACUUAUACAAGAAAUCUGCUCAGGAUUAAGACCAAAUGUUAUUAGUGGAACUCCACCUGUUUUCGCUAGAUUAAUGUUACAAUGUUUAGAUGCUGAUCCAUCGAAGAGACCGACAGCAUCCCAACUUUACGAAUGGUUAGGCAAUUGGGUUACAGCAAUUUGUGACGACCCCGAUCCGUCCGAUUUAUCUAAUCAAUUUGAUGUCGCAGAAGAAACUAAAUUCGCAAAUUUAGAUAAAUUAAAGUUUAAUAAUACACCGUGUCAUGAAAAUGCUAUUUAUUUUAGUCGUCCAUUAGAUUCUAUUAUCAAUAAUGAGUCUUCCUCUACGCCAUUUUUCUUUGGGAAAAUGUGA